AUGGCGUCGUGCCUGUGUGCUUCCCGCCGUCAGGCAGUCGAAGGCAGACGGGAGAGAAGCCAACCCAGGCGGGCGGAAGGCAGCGGUAUCAGAAGCGAGAACAAGGACUCUCACGACGGGCUGCGGGAGCGGGGCGAGAGGGGCGCAGCUGGAAUCACCGGGCUGCCAGAAGAGGCAGUGGGGAAGUCCCGUGCUUUCUGGAGAGACAGGGAAGGUGCGAAGGACGCAGGAAAUAGGAUAGGGCAGAUUGCUUGCCGCGUGCGGAAGACCAGGGCCCCCCGCCCCCGCCCUCAGAGCGACAACCGCCUUGGAACCUCGAGCUCCUUGUCGGCCGCUCACGCGUCCUGUCCUCCCUCGGAGCAGGCCGGCAGGAAACACCUUGCCUUGCUUGUUUGGCUGGCCAGGGCUUCGUCUUGCGCGGUGUCGGGCGAUCCCGGCGGCGACGGAUGCCGGUCACCUUUGCUGGCUGGGAGAAAGGCACGGCCUGGCCGCUCUAGCACAGGAAGGGCGUCGUGCAAUGGUGUGGACGCGCCCACGUCCAGACUCUCCAAAUUCCCACGGGCCUGCGGGAGGCGGGGCGGGGGCGGGGGCGGGGGCGGAGGCGGGGGCGGUGGGCGGGCACGAGGCCAUGCGCAUGCGCCCCAGCUGCCCGGGGGCCGCGCAGCAGGCCGCCGGGGCCGAGUGACAGCGACCCCGACCCCUGGAAGACCCAAGCGCCGGCGCCAGCGCCGACGCGCGGGGACCUCGGCCGCUCGGCCGGCUCCUCCGGCCACGUGCUGCGCCUCCGCCUCCCGCUCCUUGCUCCUGGGCCUUGGCAGCUGCGGCUCGCAGCUCAGGGCCAGGGCCACACGGCCAGUGAGGCGGGGGCCCGGGGAAGGCGGGCCUCCCCAGGAAUCCUGGGUGGCCUUAGCUGUGGGAGGGGGUCUUCAGGAGGCAGGGGCCCGCGGGCGUCCCGCUGCCAUGGCAGGGCUGUGGACAGAGCAGGCACUAGCGGGUGGCAGGUGCGAGGAGGCCAGCAGCCUCAGGGUGGAGGCCGUGCGGCAGGGAGCGUCGGCGGCGGCUGAGGCGGCGGCGGCGACGGCGGCAGCGGCAGCUGCAUCGUCGGAGGCGGAGGUUGUGGGCAUGGGGGAGGCCUUGGUGCUGCUGGCGGACGACAUCAUGGAGGCUGUGGUGGAGGUGGUGGCGGAGGAGCAGGAGGAGCAGGAGUCGCAGGAGGAGGAGGAGGAGGAGGAGGAGGAGGAGGUGGAGGAGGUGGUGGAGGAGGUGGUGGAGGAGGUGGUGCAGGCCAAGGAGCGGGAAGAGAAGCCCCGGAAGCAGGGGCGCGCAGAGCCAGGGCGCGGACCCCCGACCUCCCUGAGCCCGCUGGAGGCCCUGGGGGCCCUUCAGUUAGAGCUGAGCGCUGUGAACGCCCAAGCCAACAGGGCCUACUUGCGGCUCAAGCGCAGGGUCCGUCGGAGGCGGGAGCCUCGUUUGGAUCGAAGAAGAGCCAUCAUCCAGGACAUCCCCGGCUUCUGGGCCAAAGCUAUUGUGAGUCACCCCCAGCUGUCGGCCUUGAUCAGUGACCAAGACGAAGACGUGCUGAGCUACAUGAUCACCUUGGAGGCGCAGGAACUGGGCCGCCCCGAGUACCGCUGCAGGUUGAUGUUCUUCUUCCGGAGCAACCCCUACUUCUGCAACCAAGUGAUCCUUAAGGAGUAUCACCUUAGCUUCGCAGGCUACAGGGCGUAUAGUUCCACUCCAGUGCAGUGGUUCUGGGAUUACGAACGGGGAGCCCCCAGCCGCAGGCAGGACGCCGUCAGCCUUAACUUCCUCAACUGGUUGUCAGGCCACGACUGCCCCGGGUCUGACAGGAUUGCUGAGAUCAUCGUCGAGGACCUGUGGCCCAACCCCCUGCGCUACUACCCGAGGGAGCAAGGCGCCGGGAGAGAGCCAGCGGUGAAGGCGACGGAGCAGGAGAGUUCGGCCGAGUAGAACGAGAGCCCGGAGGCGUGUGCAGACGCGCGUGAGACCGGCGGCCGGGGUCUGGGGCGCCGGAGAGGAGCGAGGAAAGCAUCGCCAGUGGAGGUUGCAGAGGGUGGGCAGCACGUACCCGGAAUGAGGCCGAGAGAGACGUCAACAGGCUAACGAGUGCUCCUGUCUUG